CUUCUCUUUCCCAAACUUUCACCAACAGCUUGUGUGAUUAACUCGUUGAACUGCUUAUAAAGAAGAUUGCCUGCUCGAUAAUUAGCUCAGUACAGCCCAUGGACUGGUUUAAAGAUGGGUACAUCACGUGUUUUAGUUCUGACUACUUUAGUAUAUCUCUGCCGAGGCCUGAUUCUUAGAAAAGACAUUGACUCUCUGACAUCAGAAGACACCGUAAACCUCAGGCUGUCGCUGCAAGGGGUCAAGUACGAAUACCAAUUAAAAAAAAGCUACUCAUAUAUCGCAUCCUUCUACGGCUACCCAACAAGGUGUUCUGUCGGUAACGUAGCCUACUCCUGUAGUGUGCAUGGAAUGCCCACAUUCCCGCAGUGGCACAGGCUGUAUCUUGCGCACCUUGAACAAGCAUUAACUGAGAAAGGUGGCACGGUUGGCAUUCCUUACUGGGACUGGAGCAAGCCGCUUCAGAAAAUGCCCGCGUUCCUCGAUGACGAGAAGUAUAACCUCGAGGGUGAAAUCCUGGACAACCCAUGGCACCAUACAAACAUCAGCCUCUCGGGUGUGAUCCAUGCGACUAAUCGCACAGUGGACAGCCGUCUUUGGAGUCUUGAUCUAAUGGAGCACAUUAUUCACGCCUUGGAGUAUCCCAACUAUUGCCAGUUUGUGGUGCAGCUCGAAGUUCUCCACAGCGCCAUCCACUUCCUGGUAGGGGGCGCCUCCAAGUACUCCAUGUCGAACAUAGAUUUCGCCGCCUAUGACCCUUUGUUCCUCGUCCAUCACGCAAACCUUGACCGAAUCUACGAAGUGUAUGAAGCUUUGUAUCGAGAGAGAGGAUCUGUUCCCGGCACCAGUUGCGAGACAGACUGCGAGAUUUGCGACAUUAAAGGUUUCCAGAUGCCCUUGGAGCCGUUCAACAGGGACGACAACCCUUUUCCAAACACCCGAUUACUAGCCACUGGAUGGAACAUGACUGACAAGACCGUCUUUGACUACAACUACGACUCGUUGACUUUAAACGGACUUGGUAUCGCCGACAUUAAGAAGAGAAUUGAGAUGAAGAAAAAGACAGACAGAGCCUUCGCCGUCUUCAAAUUAAACGGAAUACAGAGAUCAGUCAAUCUACGCAUUCAGGUUUGCAAGACUUCUAGCGAGGAUGAAGAAGACACAUGCGAAUCAGCUGGAGAUGUGUUCAUCUUAGGGGGAUCCACAGAACAUCCUUGGAUGUUCAGGAGACCCUACUACCACGACAUCACUAAAGCUGUGCUGAAGCUGGGCCUUAAGCUGGAUGAGAACUUCCGUGUUCUGACUGAAAUGUACGGCACAGACGACAAAAUCAAUUCAAGCGAAAUUUCGCCGCAACCUUCUGUAGAAUUUAGACCAGCUGUUGGAAAACAAGACGCCCCUCUAUCUGAAAAGAAAAAGGAUGUCAUCAUACGUCAAGAUGUAGAUCUUCUAACGGAAGACGAAAUGAAUGCACUAAGAGUUGCCAUGGAGAAUGUGCAGAACAACGGAACUCAAAAUGGCUACCAGGCCAUUGCUGCAUUCCACGGUGCGCCUGGGCAGUGCCCAACCCCAAACCCAGAUGUCGCACUGACGUAUUCGUGCAGCAUUCGCGGCCUGCCUAGCUUUCCACACUGGCAUCGACUUUUUGUGAUGCAGCUGGAAGAUAGCCUUGGACUUUCAACUGGAAUACCUUACUGGGACUGGACUAAGCCAGGAGUCCAACUACCCAAUCUGGUCAAAGAUGCCACAUACCAGAUCAAAGACGGAGACUCACCAAAGGCUAAUCCAUUUUAUGACGCCGCUAUCGAGUUUCUUAGAACAGGAAGCAGAACUAGCCGUAGCUGGCCUGAACAGGGUGUCAAUCUGGAUGACCUUAAAGACGCAGUACUCUUAGCCUUAGAGCAAGACAACUUUUGUGAUUUCGAAGUCCAGUUUGAAAUCGCCCACAAUCUUAUCCAUGCAUUGGUCGGAGGAAACGCUCCUUAUGGAAUGUCCUCCCUCGAAUACAGCGCAUAUGAUCCAAUCUUUUACAUUCAUCACAGCUUUUUAGAUAAGAUCUGGUCCAUAUGGAUGUCGCUGCAAGAGCUACGAGGCAAACCUUACAAAGCCCACUGCGCCCAGUCCUACAUCUUCACUCCAUUAAGUCCUUUCAAUUUCUCCACCACCUACAACCCCAACCCCAAAACCUACGCCCACUCGACCGCGACAAACAUCUACGACCAUGAGAAGGAGCUGGGCUACACCUACGACACUCUGACGUUUGACGGCAUGAACAUCACUGAGCUGGAACAUUUUAUAAGGUUCAACGUGACCUCCAGGCCAAGAAUGUUCGUCGGCGUCUUGCUCAAUGGUUUUAAUAAGUCAGCCAAGGCUGAGAUUCACGCUACGUUACAUACUGGUGAGAGGUACAUUGUCGGACGUUUCGCUGUGCUGGGCGGACCAACAGAGUUAGGAUGGAGAUUGGACAGGCUGUACAAGGUAGACAUCACCAAAGCCAUGUUUGAUGCGCAUCUCAGUUGGAAUGACUUAUUUGAGCUUAGCAUAGAAAUGUUUGAAUUUAACGGAGUUUCCAUUGAAACAGAUCUUCCGUUGUUGCAGCUAAUCUACCAAGCUCCUGAAGACUCAGAAAUUGAAACACAGCCCGCACUUCUAAGGAAGAACAUCCAAGAGCUGACAGAUGACGAGUCCAACAACUUGAGAGACGCCCUGAAGAAGCUGCAGUCUGAGACUAGCGCUGACAAUUUUGAAAACAUCGCCGGCUUUCACGGAGCUCCCAACAGAUGCCCUCCUCAUGGAAGCAACAGAUUUGCCUGCAGCCCUCACGGUCUACCCAUCUUCCCACACUGGCAUCGCCUUUUGACUGUCCAGUUCGAGCAGGCUCUGUCACGCCUUGGUGCAUCAUGGGGUAUUCCCUAUUGGGACUGGACUGACGAAUCCACAGCUCUGCCAAAGCUCUUCAGUGACCCAGAGGACAAUCCAUUUUACAGAUACUAUAUCCAAGCUGAGAAAGAGUGGACAGAUCGUGAGGUGAAUCUUAAACAGCUGAACCUCCUAGACCCCGAAGGCACCAAAAUGCUUUUCCAUUCAGCUCUCAGCAUCUUAGAGGAAGAUCAGUUUUGUGAUUUUGCGGUCCAGUUUGAGCUUCUGCAUUACAGACUCCACGCUCUGAUGGGAGGUACGAAGAAAUAUUCUCUGGCCACUUUGGACUUUUCGGCUUUCGAUCCUCUCUUCAUGAUCUUGCAAUCAAGUUUCGACCGACUCUGGACCAUGUGGCAGCAACUUCAAUACCUACGACAAAAGCCAGUGAGUGGUCAGUGUGUUUACAAACAUGUGGACUCGUCCAUGGAGCCUUUCAGGAACCCUGACAUCAACGUCAACAAGAUGACAAGAGAAAACUCUCUCCCUGGUCUUGUGUCAGACCACAGAAGGCUGGGAUACAAGUUUGACAAACUCAACCUAAACGUUUUUUCACUCAAAGACCUGGAAGACAAAAUUAAACUUCAGAAAAGCAAGAACAGGACUUACGCUGGUCUUAUGCUGGGCGGCGUCAAGAAUAGCGUCACAUUAGAGGUUUAUCUCCAAGACAAUCAAGUCGGAACUAUCAAUAUUCUAGGUGGUCCCAACGAAAAGCCUUGGGUUUUCGAAAGGCCAUACAAGAUUGACGUUACUGACGCCAUGAAAGGGGCACAGCUGACCACUGACAAGCCAGUUAAGCUGCACCUUAAAACUGGGACCUAUGACGGGAGCUCGAGUAGUGAGAAGGACAUGGAGGUUUUCAUCAUAGAGAGACCCUCAGGGUCCGACCACGAUAUUCUGGUGGUGCCCAUCAACAAAAAAACCCCACCACCAGCAUUAAAGGUGGUGGUAAAGAAGGACACACAAGUCAAGUUUGUUACCGACGACGUCGUAGUCCCAAUGAAGGACUUCAACACUUUUACCGCAUGGAAGGCCUGCAACUUGCCUCCUUCUUUACAGGGCAGCUACGACUUUGGCGCUGUGCACCCACUGAUUCCAGGAAACUACUACAUGAGCCCGGCUGACGUAGAUCUGUGCAAUAGGGGCAUCAAGAUACAAAUCUUUGUUGAGGAAGAAUAACUUCCGGGUCAAAUGUAUUUCCCAAUAAACAUGGAGCAGUUUUCAUGCCCUCUUUAAUAAA